AAUUUUAAAAAACAUACUUAUAUUUCUUUGUAAUCUAAGUAACCUAUGACUUUCCACUCCAAGAUCUAUGAAAUAUAAUUUUUUUAGUAUUCCUCACUUCAACUUAGAGCUUCAAGCAGUUAACAUUCUCUAACUUUUUUCAAAUAUUUUCUACUCGCUUUCAAAAACGCCAUUUUUUUCGGAACUGUAUAUUAAAAGUGAAAUUAUUAGUGACUUUGCUCAAACAUCGCGUUGAAAUAAAACAAAAAAAUUAUUAAAUUUUUCAGGGUGCUUUUUUCUUCACAGAUCAUCUACAUUCCAUAUUGCCAUUAUGGGUAAUAUUAUUUCCAAUCCAUCCGUCUAUACCGGAGACGAGAAAUCGAAGCGUAAGCGACUAAUGGAGUUCCUGCCGUAUGUGAGUGAAGACCAUCAGGAGGAGCUGGCCAACAUCGACGGCUACUACAUCCUGGGCGACAAGGACAUGGCCGAAAUAGAUGUUGUUAAGACGUUCGGUGACAAUCCCGGGACCGUGGCCGACCUUCACGAGCUGGCUCGGAACUCGCAACCUGUGUGUUUUGACGGGUUGAAAGUAAUUUCAAAUAAAACCGUCAACACACAGCUCUCGAUGGGCCACCACCUGCAGAUGGGCAAGAGAGACAGGAACGUCUACCGCUUGAAUCUAACAUACCUCCGGGACAUGAACGUCCAUCCCCUAACAGGGGAAUCCCUGUCGGAGGUUGUGGCGGAGUUGGACAGUCGUGGUGGCUUCUGUGCCGGAAUGAAUCAGUUCCUCUCCAAACGCCUGAGAUGCAAGAGCUCCAUGACCUUCGCGUAUGAGGGACUGCAGCACUAUCAGAUGAUCGCCGAUCUCCUUGGCAGGGACUACACAUUAUCCUGCAUGCUUAGCGACCUGAUCCCGUACCAGAAGACUGGCAUUUUCGUGGCCUCGUACCUGAAGCACGUCACCCCCCGGCUGGAGCUCGGCUGGGAGAUCAUCAUGCAGCCCAGCAACGAACCGAAUCUCUUCUCUUGUGUGGGACGCUACACCCGAGGUCCUUGCCACCUCUCCGCCACCGUCAACUCGAAUGCCGCCGAGCUGUGCUACACCCAGACAUUCGGCGGCUGCCUUCGUGCCGGCACCCAAAUUCAGGCCAAUUUCGUGAAGCGAUCGCUCCUCGCCAAGAUCUACUACCACAUGGCCAGGCCCGAAACGGACUUCAACUUCCGGGGCGGCAUCGAUACACGCGGUGUGAUCAGUGCCACGUGCGAGAAGCAUCUGAAGCCGCUACCCAUGAUCCUGGUCAUCAGCGCCAAGCUGAAUCAUCGUUCCAACCGUUUCCGGCUGGGAGUGGGAGUCGUCCUGGAGUAACCAAUCCGAUCCUAGUUGCGCGUAUUAGUUCCAGAAUAUCCCAGGAAUGCGGAUAUCUUUUAGGUCUGGUAAUUUUUCGUUUUCGGUAAUAAACUCCAACAUGUUUUCUCCCUUUUUGGCCAUAAA